AUGAGUAGUGACGUCAAACUCGCUAACCGCGUCAUAAACAGGUUAAAGUGGCUUGUCAGUGGAUUGAGCAACAGCAUUCACAAAGUGCAGCGACACGCCGCUAAAAAUAUGAACAUUAGAAGCAGCAUCAGCAUCACCACAACAUCAGCAUCAGUACCACCUCCACUACCACAACAGCAUCAGCAUCACCACAACAUCAGCAUCAGUACCACCUCCACUACCACAACAGCAUCAGCAUCACCACAACCCAACAUCAGCAUCAGUACCACCUCCACUACCACAACAGCAUCAGCAUCACCACAACCCAACAUCAGCAUCAGUACCACCUCCACUACCACAACAGCACCAACAUCACCACAACCCAACAUCAGCAUCAGUACCACCUCCACUACCACAACAGCAUCAGCAUCACCACAACCCAACAUCAGCAUCAGUACCACCUCCACUACCACAACAGCAUCAGCAUCACCACAACCCAACAUCAGCAUCAGUACCACCUCCACUACCACAACAGCAUCAGCAUCACCACAACCCAACAUCAGCAUCAGUACCACCUCCACUACCACAACAGCAUCAGUAUCACCACAACCCAACAUCAGCAUCAGUACCACCUCCACUACCACAACAGCAUCAGCAUCACCACAACCCAACAUCAGCAUCAGUACCACCUCCACUACCACAACAGCAUCAGCAUCACCACAACCCAACAUCAGCAUCAGUACCACCUCCACUACCACAACAGCAUCAGCAUCACCACAACCCAACAUCAGCAUCAGUACCACCUCCACUACCACAACAGCAUCAGCAUCACCACAACCCAACAUCAGCAUCAGUACCACCUCCACUACCACAACAGCAUCAGCAUCACCACAACCCAACAUCAGCAUCAGUACCACCUCCACUACCACAACAGCAUCAGCAUCACCACAACCCAACAUCAGCAUCAGUACCACCUCCACUACCACAACAGCAUCAGCAUCACCACAACCCAACAUCAGCAUCAGUACCACCUCCACUACCACAACAGCAUCAGCAUCACCACAUCCCAACAUCAGCAUCAAUACCACCUCCACUACCACAACAGCAUCAGCAUCACCACAACACAUACAUCACCUCCACAACUACACGAUCACAAUUACAUCACCACCAAAUCAAAAACAACACCCAUACAUUAUUUGUCACAACAGCUACCCAAACCCUCGCCACCCACCACAACUCUCUGACUCCACAGCACUCACAGGAAAAAAAUAUACGAACG